GCCUGCUUGAUACGUCCGCCAUUUUGGGCGCUUCGCUGAUGGUGUCGGUGAGCGCUUUUCCCGCCUGAGCGCAACUAGCGGCGGGUCGUGGGCACCUUCAGGAAAACUUAAGCUGCAUCCCACUUUAUUCUUGCUAAUCUGCCAAUGUGGUAAAUUGGAAGACAACAGUCACCAGGAUAUCCUGUAAUGGGCAAGGAGUCACAGAGAAGAAAACAUUUCUUUUAAUUUUUAACCUUGGUUUGAAAGACCAGCAUGUUUUGGAAAUUUGAUCUUCACUCAUCAUCCCACAUAGACACACUUCUAGAAAGAGAAGAUGUAACACUGAAGGAGUUAAUGGAUGAGGAAGAUGUUUUACAGGAAUGUAAAGCUCAGAACCGCAAACUUAUAGAGUUUCUGUUAAAAGCAGAAUGUCUGGAAGAUUUAGUCUCAUUCAUUAUAGAAGAACCACCUCAAGACAUGGAUGAAAAAAUCAGAUACAAGUAUCCAAAUAUAUCUUGUGAGUUGCUCACUUCUGAUGUCUCCCAGAUGAAUGAUAGACUGGGAGAAGAUGAAUCCUUGCUAAUGAAAUUAUAUAGCUUCCUCCUAAACGAUUCCCCCUUGAACCCACUACUUGCCAGUUUCUUCAGCAAGGUGCUAAGUAUUCUUAUCAGCAGAAAACCAGAACAGAUUGUGGAUUUCUUAAAGAAGAAACAUGAUUUUGUAGACCUUAUAAUAAAGCAUAUAGGAACUUCAGCUAUUAUGGAUUUGUUGCUCAGGCUCCUGACAUGUAUUGAGCCUCCACAGCCCAGGCAAGAUGUGCUGAAUUGGUUAAAUGAGGAGAAAAUUAUCCAGAGGCUUGUGGAAAUAGUUCAUCCAUCGCAAGAAGAAGAUCGGCAUUCAAAUGCCUCACAGUCACUUUGUGAAAUUGUUCGCCUGAGCAGAGACCAGAUGUUGCAAGUUCAGAACAGUACAGAACCAGAUCCUCUGCUUGCUACUCUAGAAAAGCAAGAAAUUAUAGAGCAGCUUCUAUCAAAUAUUUUCCACAAGGAGAAAAACGAAUCAGCUAUAGUCAGUGCAAUCCAGAUUUUGUUGACUUUACUUGAGACACGACGACCAACAUUUGAAGGCCAUAUAGAGAUCUGCCCACCAGGCAUGAGUCAUUCGGUGUGUUCAGUCAACAAGAGUGUUCUAGAAGCCAUCAGAGGAAGACUUCGAUCUUUUCAUGAGCUCCUGCUUGAGCCACCCAAGAAAAGUGUGAUGAAGACUACGUGGGGUGUAUUAGAUCCUCCUGUGGGGAACACCCGGUUGAACGUGAUCAGGUUGAUAUCCAGCCUGCUUCAAACCAAUACCAGCAGUAUAAAUGGGGACCUUAUGGAGCUGAACAGCAUUGGAGUCAUACUGGACAUGUUCUUUAAAUAUACAUGGAAUAAUUUUUUGCAUACACAAGUGGAAAUUUGUAUUGCACUGAUUCUUGCCAGUCCUUUUGAAAACACGGAAAAUGGCACAAUUACUGAUCAAGAUUCACCUGGUGACAAUAUAUUAUUGAAACAUCUUUUUCAAAAGUGUCAAUUAAUAGAAAGAAUACUUGAAGCCUGGGAAAUGAAUGAGAAGAAACAAGCUGAAGGAGGCAGACGGCAUGGUUACAUGGGACACCUCACGAGGAUAGCUAACUGUAUUGUGCACAGUACGGACAAGGGGCCCAACAGUGCAUUAGUGCAGCAGCUUAUCAAAGAUCUUCCCGAUGAAGUCAGGGAGCGAUGGGAGACGUUCUGCACAAGCUCCUUAGGAGAAACGAACAAGAGGAACACGGUAGAUCUAGUUACAACCUGCCAUAUUCAUUCAUCCAGUGAUGAUGAAAUUGACUUUAAAGAAACGGGUUUCUCACAGGAUUCCUCUUUGCAGCAAGCCUUUUCUGAUUAUCAGAUGCAACAAAUGACGUCCAAUUUUAUUGACCAGUUUGGCUUCAACGAUGAGAAGUUUGCAGACCAAGAUGACAUUGGCAAUGUUUCUUUUGAUCGGGUAUCAGACAUCAACUUUACUCUCAAUACAAAUGAAAGUGGAAAUAUCGCCUUGUUUGAAGCAUGUUGUAAGGAAAGAAUACAGCAGUUUGAUGAUGGUGGCUCUGAUGAGGAGGAUAUCUGGGAGGAAAAGCACAUUGCAUUUACACCAGAAUCCCAAAGAAGAUCCAGCUCUGGGAGUACAGACAGUGAAGAAAGUACAGAUUCUGAAGAAGAAGAUGGAGCAAAACAAGACUUGUUUGAAUCCAGUAGUGCCAACACAGAAGAUAAGAUGGAGGUAGACCUUAAUGAACCACCCACUUGGUCAGCCAACUUUGACGUUCCAAUGGAGACCACCCACGGCACUCCGUUAGACUCAGUGGGGUCUGAUGUAUGGAGCACAGAGGAGCCAAUGCCAACUAAAGAGACGGGUUGGGCUUCCUUUUCAGAGUUCACAUCAUCUCUGAGCACAAAAGAUGCUUUAAGGAGUAAUUCUCCAGUGGAAAUGGAAACUAGCACUGAAGCCAUGGACCCACUGACUCCCAGUGUUGCUGCCCUGGCAGCACAGCCGGAAGCACCAGGCAGUGUGGCCAUGGAAGCCAGCUUCGAUGGAGAGGAGGAUGCAGAAAGUACAGACAAGGUAACUGAGACAGUGAUGAAUGGCGGCAUGAAGGAAACGCUCAGCCUCACUGUAGAUGCCAAGACAGAGACUGCAGUCUUUAAAAGUGAGGAAGGAAAACUGUCUACCUCUCAAGAUGCUGCUUGUAAAGAAGUAGAGGAGAGCCCUGAGCCAGCAGAGGCAAAGUCCAUGGCCCCCCGGACCCCUAGCAGUAGUCCAGAGCAGAGUCACCCGUGGUCUGAAGAGAUAGGCCAAGCCAAAGCCCCAGCUGUGGAGCACCAGUGCGCCGGCCCGUGCACAUGGCCUCGCGGGUGGAGCCAAAGCUCACACGGGAAGAUGAAUGAGGAACUUUGUUCAGCACCUCCCCAAGUUAAUUUUUUUGAUACCGGAGAUUGUGUAUUCCUUCUGUAAGGAAUAAAGUGACCUUUAAAGCAGUUUCAGAAAAGUUGUACUUUUCCCCCUGGUCUGACUUACCCUGAAGUCUUUUGGACACUCCAGAGAACACAACCAGCAAGUACCAGCAGGGGGCCCUCUCCAUUAGCUGGUUGGAAAACCUGUAUUCAUGGCUUAGCAAGCCCAGUUUUUGUUCCUCUCAUAGAAAUUCUAGCCAGAAAGAAAAGCUUUUGUGAUGCUUUAAAAAAGUGUGUAUAAAAUUAAUAGUAAGAAUGAUGUGAGCAUGUUGGCUCUAGUGAAGGCUUUGGGAAGAAAAGGCAAGGUGUCUUUGGGCAUUGAGGGAGCAGUCCCAGCCCCAGGUGCUCCAAAGGGCUGGGCCAAGUCUCUCAUCUGGGGUUUUCAGUGCAUACUUUUAAGAUGGUCUUUUGAGCUGGGAAUGGUGGCGCACACCUGUAAUCCCAGCACUCGAGAGGUUGAGGCAAGAGGAUCACCAGGGGUUUGAGGCCAGCUUGUAUUUCAAAUGGAGACCCUGUCUUACAAGAUGGUCUUUUGUUAGAUCUCGUUCCCAGUUAUGUCACCUCCCCAAUUUCUACCCGUCCAGUUUCAUUCAUACUGAGGGCUGCAUACAAGGCACGAUCCUGCAGGUCUGUCCCGGUUUGGAAUAGUGGCUGCUGGAGUUCCUUCUUGGUUUCCCAUAAAUGUUAGAGAAGAGAGUGGGUUGUUUUCUGGUUCUCUGCACUGCAGAAAUUAGCCUGAGGGGAGCCCACUUGCCUUUCUCUCUGACUAGAAGCACAUGACAUGCAGAGCUCUGCCCUUCAUGGGGCUGAGGUGGUGGAGGAGGCAUUGGGGUGAGGCAUGAAAUAGGAGGGGUACCACUUGCAUCCCUGCAUUCAUCCACCCAUCCUUCCGUCCAGCAUACAUCACAGUGGCAGUCACUGGUGGCUACUGGCAGAGCAGCAGACGGACCACUCAUAACUUAAGGCAUAUGUUGGGGAGGAAGCUGUAAGGCUAGAAUGGGAAUGAGGUAAAGAGUCCGUGUUAGGUAGAGUGGGGAGGCCUCUGAGUGGCAUCAAGCUGGAAUUAAGGAAGGCACAAGUAAGCCCAGUGUCUCGAUGCCUCACAGUGGAGGGGAGCGGUACUGUGGCAGUGUGAAGACCACAGCUGCUUCAAGUGGCUCCUUGCCACAGCCUGAUAGUACUGUGGUCCUUUAGAAGCCAGGAGUGCUGCCUGCUCUGAGCUUGGAGAUGCGCAUUGCCCAGAUCCUGCUUCGCUGCUGUUUAUCAGGCCUGCUCUCUGUACCAGCCAACACUUUGGAUUGUCCUGUACAUCCACCCUGUAGGGUGGGAGGUUAGUGUCCCCCUUUUACAGGGAUGAAAAACAAACUGAGAAAGAUUAAGAAAUUUGCUUAAGAGCACACAGCCAAACAUACGUAUUCUGCAAAGGCAGGAUACAUACGUUGGGCUCCAGAACACUGUUCCCAUGCCUGUGACAUCAUCACACGUAAGCAGAGCUGACGUAUGUGGAGCUGACUUUGGCUUCACUGCUGUAACUUGCAGGUACCAGGAACUGAAAGCAUUCUAAUAACAAAGUUUAGAGUGCUAAGUAAAAAGUACUUGUGCUGGGUCUUGUGAUCUGGGUACUCUGGGAGAUUGAGGCAGGAAAAUUGCGUUUGAGCCUGUUCUGGGCAACUUUGUGACUUAGUGAGCUCCUGUCCUAAAUAAAAAAUUAAAAAGGGCCGGCAGUGUAAGUCAGUGGAAAGACUCUGGGUUCAAUUCCCAGUACUGGCAAAAAUAAAAAGUGGUUUUAUUCUUCCCAGCUACAGCUCUAAGCUUGCUUUUCUGCUUUAUAAAACAUUGCUUAAAGGCUUUAUGAAUAUCACACACUCAUUGUGAUUUUGGCAAGAAUGCAGCACUUGUUCGUUGGUAUACUGUUCCGCCUUUUUUUUUGUCUCCCAGUUUUUAGCCUGAUGUUUGUUUUGCAAGAGGCCUUGUUCAUAUAGACUUUGUUUGUAAUAGUUUGUCGUAUUUACAAGAAAAGUUUCCUUUCAUUUUCCUUUCCUGAUAACAAACCCCUGCGUUUUGAGAGACAUUCUGCUUGUAUUCUGUUCUGUGGGACAGAAAAAAGCUUCUCGGAGGAGGGCUGACCACAUAGCUCCUGCAGGCUCUGGGAGCAACAGUGUGGAAACCACUGACCUCUCGAGUGGUCCUUGGACCUCAGGGAGGGUGACUUCCACAGGGCAUCUGCGCUCUGCUCUGCAGCUCUUGCUAACAAGCGCUCCCUGCCCUUGGGCUAAACGAAGUUCAGUCUCUUCCUCCGGUUUCUGCCUCAAGUGCUUCAGAUGUCUGUCU